CCAUAGAGUUUUCUUCUUCUUUUCACUCCAUUUCUCCAUGUUCUAGUUCUUGCUUAUCUCAGUCACGCCAACCCCGUGAAGGUUAUAACCGCCAUGUUCAAGUAAAGGUGGAGUGAUACCCUUGUUAAAAAAAUAGCAUCCAAGGCUGCUCAUAUUCUCUACAUACACACUAAAAAGAAAAAGUUGUGAUCUUUUCUAAUCCAACACCGUAUCUUUGCCCUUUCCCUUCCUUUCUAUAUCAUCACCAAACGUCUUUGUUACUCUACCAAAAACGGAUCUUCUUCUCCCCCAACUUGGAUCCCACUUUUUCUCUUUAAACCCUUCUAGUACCCUCUCCUACUCCUUCAUGCACUCUAAAACUUCACGAACCCUUCAAUCCAUCAAACAACCUUGACACCUCACGACACAAACAAAACAAAACAAAACAUUUCUCUGUUUCCAACAUGUCCGUACAGUCAACACUGAAGCUGGAGAAGUUGAACUUGAAGCUCUCGCCUUCAAGCUCUAAUUUUGAGGGUGACCCACCAAGUAAGACUAGGCGCAAAACGAAACAGAGGUUGGUUCGGAUCAUCCUCACUGACCACGACGCUACCGAUUCCGAUUCUUCAAGCGACGAAGCACAACGAAACAACACACACAAACUCAAAAGAGAGAUCACGCAAAUAACCAUGCACCUUCCCUCACCAUAUUCCUCUACUACUACUUCCCCUUCUCCUUCUUCUUCUUCUUCUUCAACUUCAUCUUCUAUCUUUGGUUCCGUCUCUUCUGAUUCAUUGCAACGGAGAACCAAAUCAUGCAAGAGACCCAAAAAACCGCAACUUCAACCGCCGGAGCGCCAUCGCAACAGGUUCCGCGGUGUGAGGCAGCGGCCGUGGGGACGGUGGGCUGCCGAGAUCCGUGACCCGACCCAAAGAAAACGGGUCUGGCUUGGAACCUUUGACACGGCGGAGGAGGCCGCCACCGAGUACGACCGUGCGGCGGUGAAGCUCAAGGGUCCAAACGCCGUUACGAACUUCCCGAUUAACUCUUCGGCGGAUAUUACGGCGGUUGAUAACGGUGUAGCGGCGUUUUCCGAUGCUGCCGCGCUUUCUCCAACUUCUGUUUUGCCUUACGACGGUGACUCGACGCCGUUUGACGGUUUCCGUUACGUGGACGCUUUUGGCUUCGACAUCGCCGAUGAGGCGCCGUUAAGUUUGACGGACGUCGACGUUAACAGCGUUAUGCUGACGUGUCAGCGUCUUGAUGCAAAAGAGGAUGAAGCGUUCGGCGAGUUUGACCUCGACGAGUUCAUUACGUGGCCGUACUAAAACCUCAGGGGCUUAUUCGUCUUUUCAAAGGAAAAUAUCAAGUACCGUUUGGUAAAAUUUGAAGUUUGUGCUGGAUACGCAGUUGAAUUGCCUAAAUUGCCCUCGUUGUUUGAAGUUUUGUGGAAGAGUGUAGAGAUUUUGAAUUGUGGUCGAUUUUAAACACUUUUUCUGUUACCCACUUGAUGCGGCGACAUUUGUGUAUUUGUGAGAGGAACACAAAUAUAUUUGUCAAAAAUUUAAUCUGUAAUUAAUUAUUAGUUUUUUUUUUUCUAUUAUUAGUACUAGUAUUGGUUAAGAAAAAAAAUGAAUGUGACUGAGUGAAGAAUUGAAGAUGGUGUCAAAGUGACAAGGUCUAUGUUGUAAUUUUUCCUAUAUUAUUUCGAAGAAAUAUAUAAAUCGAAAUUUUGAUUUUGGUUA